GUGCAGACUUCGAGUUCUCUGUGCAAAUUUUCCAGAGCCUGAUAUUCAAACGCAAGAUUAGUAACCCGGCUUUAAAAUAAAUUAUUUUUUUCAUUUUGACUUUACAAGGACAACAUUUGUAAUACUACAAGACUUUUAUCUCAAAGGUUUAUAACACGGUAUAUGAAGCUAUAAAUUGAGUUCAAACCGUUCGACAAAUAGAGAGAGAGAGAGGGAAAAACAUACACGCAAACUAAGGUUAUAAAACUAACUAAAAAAAUUUCGGCUCCAUUUUAAGUUAGUUAUCUAAGAGAUGAGCCAACUGAUAUUUAGUUUAUAUUUAUCUCUCACACCUUUCGAGCAUAGUCCUUGUUCUGAAAAUGUAGAAGAUAAAGAAAAUGAUUUGAGGUUAUAGAAACUAGUUCGUCGUGUUAAAAAAACCAUGAUGACAAAGAUACAUUUUCGAGAAUACGAGGCUUCCCAAGACUUAUUCAAAACUGUGCGAAUAGGAGUGACAUUAAUGCUAGCCACCUGUGGCGUCCUCUGUUUAGAGCGUAGUAUAAUACCGUCUGAAAACACCGAAGUUCGGACUACCAAAGGCUUAGUGCGAGGAGUAACCGCACGAACAGCUACUGGAAAAUUUGUAGAUGUAUAUUGGGGAAUUCCAUAUGCGAAACCUCCGGUAGGGGAAUACAGGUUUCGUCACCCCAAACCAAUAGACCCCUGGACUGGUGUCUUCAGCGCUACUGAAAAACCCAAUAGUUGUUAUCAAAUUAGUGAUACGUUUUUCGGGAACUUUUCUGGCUCAAAAAUGUGGAAUCCUAACACCCCUUUAAAUGAGAAUUGUUUGCAUUUGAAUGUCUGGGUUCCCCGACCCCGACCGAAAAAUGCUGCAGUUUUGGUAUGGAUUUUUGGUGGUGGAUUUUAUAGUGGAACUACAACUUUGAACGUUUACGAUGCUAAAAUAUUUGCUUCGGAGGAAAACGUUAUUGUUGUUUCAAUGAAUUAUCGAGUAGCGUCACUAGGAUUUCUGUACUUCGGCCGACCCGACUCUCCGGGAAACGCUGGUUUGUAUGAUCAGUUAAUGGCUUUAGAGUGGGUGCGAGAUAACAUUGCUUCAUUUGGUGGCAACCCACAAAACGUAACGUUAUUUGGCGAGAGUGCUGGUGGUGUGAGCAUUGGUCUCCAUCUCAUGUCCUCCCUAAGCCGCAACUUAUUCAGCCAAGCCAUCAUGCAGAGCGGAUCGGCAACGUCCCCUUGGGCCAUACUUGAUCACAAUGAACUGAUUACCCGUGGUCUGCGACUUGCCGAAGCUGUAAAAUGCCCACAUGAUCCAAAGGAUUUGGAUGCUGUUGUGAAAUGUCUUCGAGAAACUGAUCCCAUGAUUCUAGUUGAAAAUGAAUCUGGAAAUUUUGGUAUCGUUGAUUUUCCUUUUGUGCCAGUUGUAGAUGGUGCUUUCAUUGAUGAGCAUCCUUCUAAAUCCCUCGAAAGAAAGAACUUUAAAAAAACAAAUAUUCUAAUGGGGAGUAAUACGGAAGAAGGUACCUUCUGGAUCAUUUACUAUUUAACAGAACUUUUCAAAAAGCAUGAGGAUGUAUACCCGACACGUGAGGAUUUCAUAAGGUCAGUGAAAGAGCUGAACCCGUACAUUGGGGAUAUUGGACAACAGGCUAUUAUCUUUCAAUACACAGAUUGGCUGGAUCCAGAUGACCCUAUCAAAAAUAGAGAUGCAAUCGAUAAGAUAGUUGGUGAUUACCAUUUUACUUGCAGUGUCAAUGAAUUUGCCUAUCGCUACGCCGAAACGGGAAACGAAGUGUACAUGUACUAUUUUACCCACCGAUCCUCUGUCAAUCCUUGGCCAGGAUGGAUGGGCGUUAUGCACGGAGAUGAAAUUCCAUUUGUGUUUGGGGAACCUUUAAAUCCAACUAAAGGGUAUAAUGAACAAGAAAAGGUUUUAGCCAAAAGAAUCAUGCGAUACUGGGCCAACUUUGCCAAAACUGGAAAACCAAGUCUGAGCCCUGGUGAAAAAUGGGAGAAGAUAUAUUGGCCUGUGUACACCCCCUACGGUCGAGAAUACUUAACCUUAGAUGUUAACUCGACCAAGACUGGUCGAGGUCCUCGAGCGGAAUACUGCGCCUUCUGGCAGCAAUACCUACCUCAACUUGUGAAUGCAACUUCACCUCACGUGAAUCCCAUCAGGGAAUGUAGCAGCAGUUCUGCCAUCUCGUGGAAAAUUUCUGCAUCUGCACUUCAAGUGGCUGUUAUCUGGCUUUUUGUCGUAGCUUUUAUUCAAGAAAGGAGCAUGUCCGUAAUCAACAAUAUAUAAACUAUCAUUUCUUCCUAGUUCUCCCAACUCUACUAGCUGAUUAUCACUAAGGUGGUUCUGGAUGAUAAUAAUAAUAUGUUUGUGUAUACAAUAACGUUGUGAGAUUUUACACAUGGAGCCAGAUAUUUCCACAGAGCAAUAAUUCAGCACAUUUUUCUUUGUUCUGUAAUAGUGCGUUAUAAAAUCCAAGCCUGCAUGCACUGAAACGAGAAUACUUAAAAUAUGAUUUCGUAUUUUACACUUAUUACCGCAGUAUUUAGUCAAUACACUUCAUAUAUAUAUACAUAUAUGCAUACACAAACAAGCAUGUUUUAUAAAUAUACUCUCUGAAAAUGUUGUACUGGCGAACAGCAUCAGAAAGUCGCAUAAUAACUAAUUAAGACGCAUGUGGCCUGAACGUAAAAUUAUGUAAAGAUGUUGAAAUUUUGGUAAACCAAAAACUCCGGCCCAGUUUUGGAUAAACUAGAAGAAAAGUUCUAGAUGCGCCACAAACUGACGUGAGCUACUAUUGAAGUACCUGUUGCAGAUUGUUGAUAAGUAAUGUAGAUAAUAGUUGAAGAAACAGCCGUUAUAUUGACUACUCUUACAUUGUUUAAACGUUUAUUAGUAAAUGCACAUAUUUUCGAAUUUCUCACACUAGAAAGCAUAUUGACUACUUUGCAAUAUCUGUAAAUGUGCCAUCCUGUUCCAAAAUUUAGUACGGGUCAUUAUUAAAUGUGUAUUCAGGAUCUUGUCUUUUGAUACAAGAUUACAGGUAAUGACGUCACGUAGCUAUUAGAGUAAAAUAUUCGUGACUAGUAGCGUAUAUUGAAAGUUGCUUUGAUUGUGAUUUAAUACGUAGUUAGAGCUUUAUUUGACUUUUUUUUUCAUAUUAUCAUACUUUUUGUUUUAGUUUAACGUUUUUAACUUCUGCAAAUGAGAACAUAAGCACAGUUAUUUAUCUGUUAUUUCUUAGCGGAUGGAACUUUUUUGGCAUAAAGACAAGUAUAGAAAGUAGUGUCAUCAUGACUAAUUCAGUAAGAUCACUAUGUUAGAUUCACAUUUGAAUCAUCAGAGUUUCCAUGUGUUAAAAGGACACGUGUAUCUAUCAUUUUACUCCUUGUAGAAAACGGAAAGCACUCAUCCUAUUUGGAUAAAACUUCAGUAAAUAUUUCGCUUCAUUAGUAAUGUCCUAAAUUCAGUAAACGAAUCUUACAAGAUAAUUAAAAGCCUUUGAACCAACGGUACAUUCCAUUUAUUAUCUUACACGUUUCAUUGUGCUGCAUGUACUUCUAAAUUUUUCAGCUUUGUAUCUGAAUAAUAUUCCAUUUGAAUAUGUUGUUGAAGCAUCAAAACAUAAGAUCAAUUCUUCCUAAACAAGAGGUCGUCUAAUGAGUUCAUUUUUGAAAUAAAAACAACAGUAUAUAAAAGAUAUUUGACCAUGAACACAGGAGGUAACCUCAAGAUUGUUAUCACUGACGUAAUCUUAAUACUCUACUUAAAAUAUUAUAAUGAUAUUUUAUAAUUCCAAUUUGUUGAGUAGAAACAGAAUUCAGUGUGUUUAAUAUGAAUACUUAAAUGAACUUAACAGAAUAGAGCUAACAGAAAAACCUAACAAAUAUGUACUAAACCGUAUAAUGUAUUUGCAUUUAAUAUGAUGUUUGAAAUAGUUUAGGAGUUAAUUUAGAGAAAGGUAUAAAGCGCAUUGAUUUUAUAUUAUUGAUUUCAUUUCUACUUUAUUUUGUUUAUUUAACGUUAUAUUCAGUUUGAGAUGUGUAUUACUGUGUUGGAGUUGUGAAGCUGUCUUCAACACUAUAUCAUAUUAUACUAUUAAUGCCAUAGAUACCUCAAUUGUUGCUUUUACUGUUUUGUGUAGUAUUAGUUUGGCUCUCAGAAAAUGAAGCUCCAGAUAUUUACGUCACAAAACCCUCUGGUACAUGUGUUUUAGAUACUCAUUAUAUAUCUAUAUAAAAAGUGGUUCCGUGUACUGUGUCUCCGUUGAUCUCAAGUAAUAUUGCUGUACGCGUUGUUUACAGUCAGUACAGAUUUGUAAAUGUACGUAUAUGUUCCAAUUGUUUCGUGAAUGUUUCAAAAUCCAUCUAUGCACGGUAUUCGUUGAUGGUGAUAAAUACAGAGUCAAGUUAUGAUAAACUCCUGAUUAAUUAUACAAAUAAAGCAGUGGUUGAGCAUAACCUUCCAUCUCUAGUUAGCAGUCUAGUAGAUUAAGUUGUAGAUCUAGAUAUUGAACAAAGAACGCAUAUUUAGAAGUAACAGAAGUGAUUUGAAUUUUAACUUUUACCAUUGUAGUAGUCUUAUACCAGAGUAAAGUGGCUCCAUCUAUGUGAUUAGUGUUUGUCUUUAAAAAUCUAAGUGUCGCAAAUUCCAUAUAAAGUGUUUAUUCUUGUUGAAUAAUUAUAGAGGAAUGUAUUGUACGGUUAUUGGGAAAAUAAGGAAAAUAAAAACAGUUAAGUUAA